AUGAUUGCAUCAACGGCCUACGAUCUGGCACACGACCUUAUUGUAACACCCAAACGAUUGGAAUUCGCUCGAACCCAGGAAGCGAAACUAUUCGAGAGCAUGCUUCAGUCAGCCAAAAAACGGCAACCAUUUAUCACGGCCAUGGUCAGUGAGACGCUAAACGAGAUGCGUGAACAGUUGCCCGUGAUGGCUGCGAGGGAUUUGGACUUUCGUCAGUUGUGCAUUCUGCCAGUCAAUCGGAUUUCCGGACGUCCGGGUAGUGCUAGCAGCCAACUGAAUCCAUCCACAUCGUCCAUGGUUGUUCCAGCUGAAAACCGUACUGGCAAGGGUCAGUCUACUGAGAUGAUCCCUUCGGUCGAACAAUCUUGUCCACAUGAUCAUGGGAUUCGCGAGGCCCGAAGUCAACCAACACUGGCCUUUGUGAAUAGUCACUCGCGUGGACCGGUUGUCGGUUCUAGUUCAAUUGAGGAAGUGAAGCCGAUCGGAAGAAAUCCCGACUUACAAGAGUACAAACUAGCCGUGAGGAUGGUACGAGAUUACGUACUGCAGCGCCUGACCGGUGCGAUUGCUUCUCGAGUGUUGGAUUGUAUGGAAGUGAUGCAGCAAUCAUGUGUUGGUACUCUGGAACGCACAAUUGCGAACCUUGAAAGACUGACCGAUAAUGAACUGACGACACAACGCGUGGCAUCCUGUCCCUAUUUGGAAUGUCUCACGGACGGUGAUGAUCUAACUCUGGGCGAACGCACACCGGGUGGUACACCAACAGCAGUACAAGGAUCAGCUGCUGAGGAACCAAUGCAUGUGUCACUCCACGGAGUAAUGGUCUUUGGCACGGGUGAUUCAAAAUCCGAAAUACGUUCAAUGCCCUCAUCCCCGCUUGGGAAAGGACGGUGCUUCUAUCACUCGUCCAUUGUCCCCGGCUGUCGCACUCCGCCCGAGAACGCAAUGGAGUCCGAAGAUGCGACGUUGGCAGCAGCGGAAAAUGCACGAACAGCCGAUGUUGCACUCAAAGCACUGUUACGGUUCACUUACGCUCUGACAGUGCCCAUGAAACGGACUUUAGCUUCACAAUUAUCCACCCUGUUCGACCGACUAAGAAAGGUAUAUUUUGCUGUUGAUAUUUUCAUUUCAUGUUUGUUAAACGGAGCAGUUGGUGGGCAAAUGUUGAUUGCAUCAGCAGUCAAAGUGGCAGGAUCCUGCCAUAUAUAA